CAGUCUGUCAGUGUCACUGUGUUCAAGAAGCUCCAGUCGAACUUUUGCUUUGAGCGCAAGUCGGACGGACGCGUCGAUCGUCCUUUUACUUUUGAAUUAUUAUGUCGGGCACGAAUACGACCGCUUGAAAAGUAAAAGAAAAGGGACUGAUAUCGCGGUUUGAGUAACGUUACAUCAACACAGGAUUUACGGGAAUUUGGAUUUUACACGCAGUAUCCGAUAAAACCUUCAACAGGAUGUUUCGAGUUUGGGAUACCUCCUUAAUGAUAUGCUUCUCUGUCUCGCUCAUGUUCGUUGGAGGUGAAAGCUCAACAGAGCUUCCUCCAAUAAAGAAUCUGACUUUCAAGUGGGAAACACCUUUCACACUGAAUUUGACUUGGGAAAAGCCCAAAGAUCUGGAACCAAAUUGCAACGUGAACUACACGGUGGACGUGCGCAAUGCACAGAACUGUUCUGAAAAACCCAAACAAGACAAUAGCCAAACCAAGAGAACCCCAAACACAACUUGCAAAUUUAAUGUCUCCAAUGAGAAUGGACUGUGCAUCAGCGUUACAAUGAACCCUGAAAACUGUGGAACCAAAAACCCUAGUCCACCUUCUGAAAUGUUCCUCCACCCACCUCCAGUGCUUCUGGUGGCAAACAGGAGCUACGAAUAUUUCAACGAAAGAAUGCUGAAGUGCAUUUGGAGUCCUGUUGCCGAUGUCAAAGACUUAGGUUUUUAUUACUGGUCAUCUCAGAAUGAGACGGUAAUGAAAUGCAAUGAGAUGAGGAUUGGAGAAUGCAUCAUACACGAUAAAUUUGACAUGACAAGAGACAUGUUCUACCUGUUCAAUGGCACUUAUGAGGGCGAACCUGUAAACAACACAUUCAAGGAUAAACGCCCAGCACAAUAUGUGAAACUAAAGAAACCAAGCCUUCAAAUCCAGAAGGUCGGGAACACUCUCCAUUUUAAAACAAAUGCAUCAGAUUUUACUGAGUUUAAGUCUGUGUUUGACCUUCAUUGCUACAAAUACAACUACACAUACAGCAAGUGCGAUAAGACUGGAGAAAAGUUUCAGAUAGAUCGUAACGAGUAUGUAGUGGACUAUGAGUCAAACUGCAAGUACAAAGCCAGAGUGCAGAUCAUCGUCUCAGAAAAAUGUGGUGCAGGGAGUAGUGACCCGAGUGACGAGGUGGAAUAUGGUGAGAACAGAGAUGACACAAUGCCUGCAUUGCUGGCUCUCAUUAUUAUCCCACUCGUAGUUUCCUGUUGCCUGAUAGUUUCCCUUGUGCUGCUCAGAAGACAUAAAGACAUCAUAUUCCCAAAAAUCCCAGAGCCGACACUUAUCUUUAAGGACAUGCUCAUCAACAACAUCAGAAUGGCAGAGGAUAUGCGGAGUCCUGCAGAUAGCAGAUUGUAUGUUCCUAUUGAAGAAAUCGUAGAAAGCAGGAUAAGUCUUGAACCUGAGACACCACUUAUACAGAAUCCGACACACAAGCAGGUAUAAACAAUUCUGAUGACUGAAAAUAUGCAGUGAAUCAGGAUGGACUCAGGGCUGAACUUAAAACUUACACUGACGAGAAAAUGUCUAUGCAUGGAGGAGGAAUUAAACUCCUGUUUCAUCUGUUGAUGAAUAAUGAACUCAGGCUCCACCUACCUUUUCUGAAUGGACUUCAACCUCACUUAUUACAGUUGCCAGUAAAUUGCUCUUCCUGGCACGACAGUGGCUUGUUUUCAUUGAAUGUAUUGUGAUAAGAAGAUAAGAAAAGCGGUCACCAGACUUUCCUGGGGCAGGUUGUUUGGCUCUGAUUAUCUGGUAUGUGAAACUCGCACUGUACCCACUCAGCGUAUCCAGAGGCCAGCGAAUGACAUAAGCAGCUUCAUGCAUCUUGAUAGAGGAACACUGCAAAAAGAUUUCAUGGAAUGUUGAAAUUGUGACUUUAGAUCUCUUGCGCACCAUUACUGAACUUUAAUAUGCUUGUUUAUACAGCCGCAUUUAUGGACUCAUGGGUGUUUUUGCACAUAGUUUAUGAACUAAAUGUACUGCUACAAAAGAUUUUGUAAAAAACACUUUAAAGAAAUUGUUUUCUAUUCACUGUGAAUUGUUACAUGUAUUAAAGCGUGGUUUACUGUAUGCCUGAAAGAAAAAUGUUCUUGACUCUAAAUGUGUAUAUAUAUAUGUUCACAACUUUGGCUGGUGGCUAAACAAAUGGAUAUAGACAAAAUAAUGGAUAUAGAAAGUCACAUGACAAAUAUUUGGACAUUCAAAAAAAAAAAAAAAAGAUAAUAUAUAUAUGUUUUAUACAUUGUACUGAAAUAUAUACCUUGAAAGCUAAAAUUGUAUUUAUUUUCAUACUUUUUGUUUAAUGUCAAGUCUAAGUGAUCAUACUAUUUCCCUGUAAUUAAACUGUUUGCAUAACUGAG